GAAGAAACAGCCUCAGAGUAAACGGUGGUUCCACAGGAGGAAAGCACGCCCAGUCACAUUAAAGAAGCCAAACUGUCUGCUUCAAAGAGAAAAGGCAACAUCCUGUCACAGGCCAUGCUCUGGCAGAAAUCCACAGCUCCAGAGCAAGCUGCUGCCCCUCCACGGCCUUACCAGGGUGUUCGAGUCAAGGAGCCAGUGAAGGAGCUACUGAGAAGAAAGCGUGGCCAUACCAGCGUUGGGGCAGCUGGCCCACCAACUGCGGUGGUACUGCCCCACCAGCCCCUGGCCACCUACAGCACCGUGGGUCCUUCCUGCCUUGACAUGGAGGUUUCUGCUUCCACAGUGACAGAGGAGGGGACAUUAUGUGCUGGCUGGCUCUCCCAACCGGCCCCUGCCACUCUUCAGCCAUUGGCUCCAUGGACACCCUACACGGAGUAUGUGUCCCACGAAGCUGUCAGCUGCCCCUACUCCACUGACAUGUAUGUGCAGCCUGUGUGCCCCAGCUACACAGUGGUGGGACCCUCCUCAGUGUUGACCUAUGCUUCUCCACCACUCAUCACUAAUGUCACGCCAAGAAGCACGGCUACACCCGCGGUGGGGCCCCAGCUGGAGAGCCCAGAGCACCAGGCACCCCUCACCUAUUUCCCGUGGCCUCAGCCUCUUUCCACACUGCCUACUUCCAGUCUACAGUAUCAACCUCCUGCCCCAACCCUGUCUGGGCCCCAGUUUGUCCAGCUCCCCAUCUCUAUCCCAGAGCCAGUCCUUCAGGACAUGGAUGACCCCAGAAGGGCCAUCAGCUCCCUGACCAUUGACAAGCUGCUUCUGGAGGAAGAGGAAAGCAACUCAUAUGAGCUCAACCACACCCUCUCCGUGGAGGGCUUUUAGGGCUGGCUUGCAUCUAACAGCCCUUUCACUGGAAACUGAGAUUUUAAAAGAGCUCAGCUGGAGCCCAGUCUUCUGUCUGUUUGAAAUAGCUAUUUCAUAGGUUCCCUUUCUUCCUAAAGCUAAAUUGUAUUCUUUCUUUUCUCCCUUCUUCUUUCCCUCCACUUCCAUCCUUCCCCCAACUCCCAUCUUGCUUCUUUCUUACUUCUCCUUCCAGUUUUCUUCCUCUGGAGUAGCAAAUGGUAGUGAUAUUAUGAACAAUGCUUUAUACUGAAUGUCACCAAGUCUGCAGCUCAGGGUUUUCCUUUGGUGGCACAUCCUUAGGGAACACCCUUCUCUUGGGUGCCCCUUGCUUCCUGGUAGCAGUAGCUUAAUAGAUCUACUCUAUGACCACUUACCCGUUCUGCCAUUCUGAAAUGCACACCAGUUUAUUUUGUGCGUGUGUGUGCUGUUCUCAGCCUUGACCAGAUGCACUAUCUAAGUGGGUGUUUCUGAUGGGGUUACCGGGGGAUGGGAUCAGGACCAUCAGGCAGUGAGUGAUGGGCGAGGAGGAGCAGGACACACAUGUGUGUCUGUGGUUAGAGUGAGAAGGGCGAGACUUAGGAGUGACCUUACAUUCAGCUUUAAAAAACAUAUCACUUUAAUGUGGUUUAGCUGUUCUUCUUGUCAGCGAUUUGGAGGAAAGCUGGAUAUGGUACAGAGGAUAAAUGACGAGUCUGCUUGAUUCUGCCUCUCUACAGGCCCUCUAACACGAUGCCAGCAUUUAAAAUACUUUUGUCAGCAUAUUGCCAUGGCAACAGGAAAAGAAAUGGGUGAAGCCCAUCAGUGAGGAGGCUCGCACUUAGUCGUUCCAUGUGGGCUUUUACUUCCUGUUGUGACUCACCCAGGGCCAUCUUGACGCGUUGCCAUGGAUUCUUCCGCCCACUCACCGUCUGUCUCUGGGGUCCUGAAGUCCUGGUCAGCAGACCCGCUAGCCUUCAUUUUCAUUUUUAUUGCAGUUUUUGCUGGAGAAGCAUAACAUUUGCUGUUGAGUAAUUUGCUGUUUUGGGAUGCUCUACUCCUGAAGUGGAUGUGUCUUUGGGAACUGGCCCCACUGUUUACUAAUGAUGCCAUCAUUACAUACACACAAACUUUAGUCUGUAGAAUCCAUGUAGAACUAAUAGAUGUUCUAGAAAAUGACGGUUUCUUUGAUAUCCCACCCCCUUUGUUUCUGUUUUCAAUGAAAACUUAGAGAGAGCUACCUGUCAUUGUUUUCUCCUCUGCUUUGUGUCUAUUUUGAUUCAGAUGUCUCAUUAUCUGCCUAAAAUCCUGGAAUGCUUAUCUUGAAUUUGUUAUUCCUCCUUAAUAUUUAGAUUAAAUGUUAGAUAUGGAUGAUAGGUUUACUUUUCUAUUGGUGGUUAUCAUGAGCAAGAAAGGGAGCCGGGAGCCUCAGCCUACUUCAUUAAGACCUUGUUGCGCUUAAAAACACUAUUUAAGAUUUCCCAGCUACUUUGGUAGUUUGAGAUGUUGGUGGUAGGAAUGGCAAUCACAGAGGAGUUAAUGCUGGGAAAACAAACAAAACAUCAAAGAAAGUAGUGUGAGUGUUGCUAGAACUGAAUUGGUGCCUUUUUUCUCUUCUUAUCUUGAGACCUCAAGUCUCGGCUGCAGGUGUCCAACCAGAUUUCCUCCGGAGUUUUUCCUACUCAUAGGCAAUAUUUUCAAUAAAGAUUUGUAGAUGA